CAAGCUGCCUUGCGCGCUCACGCCUCCUUCUCUCCUCUGGUGCUUUGCGUCACCAUCGACCGAAGUCUCUCCACUUCAUCGUGCGCCGAUUAAAACAAACCCGGGUCCGAUCUGAGCAGCGAGCCUGUCAGGAUCCAUCCGGAGCGAACGCGCGCGUCCACGAGCCCGGUUUGGUUUGUUUCGGCCCGACUCCGCUGCCCCUCGCCCCCUCGUCCUGUCCGGCCGGAACACGGUGUCCUCAAGCGGCGGAGCGAUGACUGCCAGGCAUCGGAAGGGGAAGAACAACCACAAGCACGAGGAGAACUUCGCCAAGAACGACGUCGCCGAGUCGGAGGUGGCGCGCGCCGCCGGGAACAAUUACGCGCCGCUGCUGCUGCUGCUCCUGCUGCUCGCGGCCGGCGGUGCCGUCGGCGCCUGGGUCGGGUUCCAGCAGCACCAAACCCUGGGCUUCCUCACGGACACGGUCGCGGGCAUGCAGAUGAAGGUCGUGCGGCUGCAGGCGUCCCACGAGGAGAUGCGACAGUCCGGCGGGAAGCACAUUUCCGAGAGUCUGGAGAACCGCCUGGUCGCACUGGAGGAGUCGUACGCCCUGGCCCAGAAACAGGUGGGCGUGGCCCUGGCGACGGCCGAGCAGCUCAGGACGUCCGACCUCCCCGCCCAGGUGCUGUCGCUCCACACGGAGAUGAAAGCCCGACUGGCGGAGAUGCAGCAGGCCACCGUGUCCCUGGAGCAGCUGAGCCAGCUGCAGGCCACGCUGCGGGGCAAGAGCGAGGAGUUCGACGGGGUCCGGGUCCAGGUGGAGGGGCUGGCCACGCUGAGCGCAGAGCUGUCCCAGAGGGUGGAGGUGUUAUCGGGGAGCCUGGGAGACGCCGAGUCCCGGCUGCAGGAGGGAGCCGGGCAGGUGGCCGCGCUGAGCGGCGCCCUGGACCAACGGGCGGCCGAGGCGCUCGGACUGAAGGAGCAGGCGGACGCACACCAGGCUCAGCUGACGUCCAGCGCACUGGAGCUGGCGACCGUCAGGGGGUUGCUGGAGAGUGAAGCGUCCCAGCGGCUGCAGCAGCAGCUCAGUGUGGAGGAGCAGCUCAGCUCGCUGCAGCAGAGUCUGCGGGACCAGAGCUCGGCCGCCCAGAGUCUGCACUCGGAGCUCCGCGCUCAGCUGGACAACAUUCAGACGCAGGUUGCCCAGCUGGAGCGUGAUGUGCAGCCUCCCGCCGAGCCCGAGGAACAGACCGCUGAAGAAACGGCUCCCUUGGCUCAGGAAGAGGAAGGAAAGGGGGAAGGAGGAGAGGACGAGCUCGCGAUCGAUGUAGAAAAAGAGGCAGGGGAGCAAGAAGAGGCGGCUGAAGAGGACGAAGCUCCUGAUGCUCCUGCAGAGGAGGAGGAGACGGAGCCACCUGCCUCACCGGAGAAGGAAGAGGAGACAGAAGGGGAGGAGCUGCCGGUAGAGGAGACCAAGAACGCUGAUGAUGAAGAGGAGGAACCGGAGGCAGAGCGCGUCGACGAGGAGGAACGAGAGGAGGAAAACCACCAGGCGGAAGGAGAGAAGACACUGGAGGAGUCGCUGCCGGAGGAAGAGGAGGCGGCAGGAGGAGAGGAAGAGGCGAGUGACGGAGAGGAGCCGUUAGAAACUGAUGCGUCACCAGAGGCCGAAUAGUUUUUUUUUCCGUCUGGACAAACUCAACCAGGGACAACGUGAACUUUCUCAGUCCGAAGACACAGUCUGAGGCAGGUCAAAGGUCACAGGCCACACACAGAAGGUCGCUGCUUGAGGAGAUGUCACUCGCGAUGCUGGAGCAUUGAAUAUGGUUUAUGUUUAAAAAAGGACCCGUUCAGGAUUCACUCGCCAACAACCGUCUCAAAAGCCUUAAUUCAUGAAAAAAAGAAUUUUUCUACGGAGCAUUUUGUUUUUCCCCACUCUUCAUAACUUGCACUUUUUUGAGUGUGUGUCUGUACUAAACUGGAAAACUGCAAACCGAUGACGUGACACGAGCUGUUCAUCACAUGAAGCCAUAAGAAAUGUCUCAGUUACAUAAAAAACAUUGUCUCGUUGUCGCCGCCUGAAAUGUUUUCCUGAGGCGAGUUUUCCUUUUUUUUUUAGAGAAAGUUAUUGUGUAACGGUUGUUUACGCUCCAAAAAUGAAGAGCUGGCAAAAAAAGAAAAGAAACAUCUUUGAUAAGAUUCACAAGAUAUUUUUAAAGUACACAUAACUGUAGUUGAUAGAUUUUUUUUUUUUACUUUAUAGAGUUAAUAUCUGUGGUUAUGUCCCGAAAAUUUAAUUUUUAUUAUUAUUAUUAUUAUUAUAAUAGUUUGGCCUUUUUGUUUUUAAAAUCAAUCACACUUCCAGCUGGACAGAAGAAACUGGUUUCAUCACCAUCGUCCCUCUAAUAUUUUUGUAUUAAACUGAAACGCGUGGUUUAGUGAGUUCCGACCGAGUAGUGCCGAUGUGGGUCUUUAGCUCAAUAACCACAGAUUCUCUAUGCAUUGAUAACGUUAUAAAACGCUGAGUUUGAGCGAAGCACCUCAGGGACGAACUGCUCUCUAGACGACCGGCAAAGAAAACCCAGCGCGUUUCAUCCAGAACCAGCCGAACGACAAUCAGCUGACCGUGUCACCUGAAGACCAACGCACGAGUUCAGUCCGACGACGACAGAUUGUAGCUAAUGUCACCGUUCAUAAGCAGAAGUCUAUAUUCACAGAUUUAUCAGAUUUAGCCAUUUACAUUAGUACCUUUUCUAACUAUUCUUAAAUCAGGAGCGUAAACAGGAGGAAACUCAGAUGUGGGGAUGUGAAGUAACUCCGACACGUCGGGCGCCACGAGGAGCCGCUGGACCUCCUGCUGCCGCCGCACCUCCGCCCUGCAUAGCACGUCAGGGAAAAAAUUAAUAAAAAGAAUAACUUCAGGACUGUUUCUGUGAGCUGAUGAAAACAAACUGGAAUAAUGUGAAUCCUUCAAUAAUGAAAAAGAAGAAAAAAAUCAUUCAAAUCACUGCUGGAAUUCAAGCUGUGACCACAGAUCCAACAGGAGACAUAUCAAAUAUUAAUAUCACAUAUUAUUGUUAUUCAGUUACCUAAUGACCUCGUUGGACACGACACGGCAUGUUCGUGUACAGUCAGAAAUGUUUCUGAUAAAAAAACCUUUUCUUAGACGUUUUUUUUAAAAAUUAAAACAAAGUGCACUGUUUUGCUUCAGGCGUCAAUUAUUGUUGAUAUGAUUCUUCCCUCGUUGUCGUGUUUUUAAAAUAAACCCUCGUUCUUUCA